AUGACUCGAAAAAACACGCCUCUUCUCUGCCGCUCCUUCUGCGAACAAUGGUACAAAGCGUGUGAAAACGACUACUUCGCGCCCGCGCCUUCCGGAAGCCCUCUAGCGCUUACCUUUUGCUCCCCUGACUCAGUGAUUUGCUCGCCUCUCCGCGACGUGGCUGCUGACGGCGCCGCUUUGUGCACCAAACUGGGAUUUGAGGUGGCUGGGUUCCCCACCGAAGGCGACGGAGAAGAACGCGAUGAAGAGGAAGACGCAACUCAGUGCUACGACGGUGUCCCCGCGGCGGCGCUGCUUGGUCCCGGCCCGAAACCGGCGCGGUCGGAGGGCGCGUACGGCUCUGGAGGUCGCCCCACGUGGCGAGAGUUUUUGCGGUGGUUGGAACUGCGUCUGGCGCGCUGCGUCGAGACGCUGUUGCCUCGCCCGGAGUUUUGGCUGUUUCUGUUUCUCUGCUUUUACUUCCUCGGGAAAGUUCUCGCCGCGCUCAGGAGCCUCGUUGACCGCGCCGCCUUCGCAGGCCGCAACCCGCAGUGGCGCUCGCAGGCCUCCCCUGCCUCCGCGUGGACGCCGGACCGAGAAGGCGAGCGAGACGAGGCCCGAGACGAGGCCCGAGACGAGUCCGGCGGCGUCGGUUGGCCCCGCCGGCUCUCGGGUGCAAAGGAGACGGUCCCCACGUUGUUUCUGCCGCGCGAGGGCGGGAACCAGACCGAGGCAUCCAGGAGAGCCUGCGAGGCCGCGGAGGCGCGGCGCGCGCACCAGAUUGGGGCUCCGGGCGCAUGCAGAGUGCGAAGCGGCUUCCGGAAGCCGUCGUCGCUUUUCGGAACAAGCGACGAUGAAGAAGAAGUCAUGAGCCCAGAAGCCGUCCGAGAAAUGGUGGGCGGACGCUAG